AAGCUGAAUCUGAUUAGAUGGGAGAGACAUUUAGUGACAGCGAUAUAACCAAUGAAAAUGCUGUUUCUUUAACUGAAGGUGUAGAUUCAAUGGUGAGAAUUGAAAUAUUUUCCUCGAAGGCAUUGGGGCAAAUAUAUUAGUGGUACCACGCAUGGCGAGCCAACUUGCUUAAACACCUAAUCAGAACCUAUUUGUUUUAAACGUAAUCUGGUGAUAUUGACGCGAAUAUAUGUUUUUAUAUGUGUAGUUAACCCAAUAUAUAUUUGUCUAUUUAAAACGUCGCUUUAUCGCUGUUCAAGUGCGCACUUAGUAGUGUUUAAAAGCCAGCCUUGGAAAAAUCCAAUAACAGCGAAAGGGUUUCUUUCAUUAUGUCUGUUGUACAAGUCCCGCAUUAACAUUUCCUUCGUAAAAUAACAUGUCUUCAAUGAAAAUGUGAGCAUCGAGUUGGACGGUCUCGCUGAGGUGCAUCAAGCUCACCGUGGAAUCAUCCGCUGCUGCUGUUAAUGUUGACAAGUUGAACGAGUGUGCUGCUGUCCCUCUAACUCACAGAGAGGAGAGAGCCUCUGUGUCAAGCAGAAGUUAUUGGGAGGAGAGCUCCAGUUCCAGUUUGCCCACUCUUACAGCCUUAACCCCACGUAAACUCGCACACCAACAGCCUAGCCAACAUCUAAGGAGCAGAGCCCCAGUAACCAGACAUCACUGGCCAUGAUGCAGGAACCCCAGGAGGUUGUAGAAGAAACAGUAACCAUAGAGGAGGACCCUGGCACACCCACCUCUCAUGUUUCUGUGGUUACCUCAGAAGACGGGACUACACGCCGCACAGAGACCAAGUUUCUGCGUGCCCGCUGCAUGUGUGAUAAAGGGAGAGAGAGUGUGCGCUCUUAUUCAAGUGACCGACAAUUCGACUAAUGUGAAGGUAACCAAGAUGGUCAAGACAGUGACAACACGGACGGUUCGACAGGUGCCACUGGGUCCAGAUGGCCUCCCUCUUCCAGAAGGUUCAUGUCCACUGGGUAGCUACACCGACUCCAUUGAUCGCCGCUAUGUGAGGAACGGUGAUCGCUUCAUCACACCCCAGGCCACCUCCACCCUCACACGCUCCUUCAACAAUUACAGCGAUUCGCACAAUGACACUCAAGACAGCCAAUAUCGUCAUUACGGCCUUCACGAUGGAUACGGAGACAUGCCCGACAACUACGGAAGCCUCUCUCGUGGAGUCAAUUACAGGCCCUAUCGGCCCUACAUGCCAGGUGGAUACCGGCCUGAGAACAGCUACACUCUCCCCAUCCGCAAGGACGACUAUGGGCAUAUGGCCCAGCCCCAGGUUCCUAUGGGCAGUAGCACUGUGGAUCUCAAUCGUUCUCAGCCGGAACGCUUUCAACCGGAACCUUAUGGCCUGGAGGAUGACCGCCGAAGUCUCGGUCCCGACGAUGAAGAGCCUUAUGAUCUAGAGCCUGAUUAUUCUACAGUUAAUCGCCGCACGCUGCCUGGACGUACAAUUCGAGAGCCGCUACGCAACGGCCCUCGUGUAAGAGGCUACGAGGACCCUAUAGAGGCUGAAUUAAUUGAUGAAAGACACCCCUACAUCCAUGGCAUGUACCCAGCUCCCCUUGCCCAACCUGAGAGGGGCAGCAUGGCCAGUCUGGACCUCAUGGGUGGCCGUCGCUCCCCCUCGAUCGACAGUAUUCGCAAAGACUCUCGCUGGAGGGACCCUGACCUGCCUGAGGUCAUCGCCAUGCUAGGCCACCCCAUCGAUCCCGUCAAGUCUAAUGCAGCUGCCUACCUGCAGCACCUCUGCUAUGAGAAUGACAAAAUAAAGAAGGAUGUCAGGCAGCUCAAGGGGAUCCCAGUGCUGGUGGGCUUGUUGGAUCACCCAAAAGCUGAAGUCCAUCGUAAGGCCUGCGGAGCUCUGAGGAACAUCUCCUAUGGCAAGGAACAUGAUAACAAGGUGGCCAUCAAGAACUGUGACGGGAUUCCCGCUCUCAUUCGUCUGCUUAGAAAAACCAAUGACAUGGAAGUUCGUGAACUCAUCACAGGGACACUUUGGAACUUAUCAUCCUAUGAGCCUCUGAAGAUGGUGAUAAUUAACCACGGACUUCAAACGAUGACUAACGAGGUCAUCAUCCCUCAUUCUGGCUGGGAACACGAGCCCAAUGAGGACUCAAAGCCACGCGAUGCAGAAUGGACCACCGUCUUCAAGAACACAUCAGGAUGUCUAAGGAAUGUGAGUUCAGAUGGUGCAGAGGCACGUAGACGGUUGCGAGAGUGUGAGGGGCUGGUAGAUGCCUUGCUGCAUGCACUGCAGUCUGCUGUUGGAAAGAAGGACAUGAACAACAAGUCUGUGGAGAAUUGUGUUUGCAUCAUGAGGAACCUGUCCUACCACGUGCACAAGGAGGUUCCAGGGGCUGAGAAGUUCCAGGAGACUUCGGCUCUUCAGGGCCCCGGCUCUGCCAGCACUCAGAGAAAGAAGAAAGAUGAUGCAGGUUGCUUUGGGGGAAAGAAGGCCAAAGAGGAAUGGUUUAAUCAAGGGAGGAAAAACGGAGAGCAUGACAAAAACUAUGACACGCUGGAUCUACCCAAGCGCACAGAACCCACUAAAGGUUUUGAGUUACUGUACCAGCCCGAGGUGGUUCGUCUCUACCUGUCCCUCCUGACUGAAAGCCAGAACUAUAACACACUAGAAGCAGCGGCCGGAGCUCUACAGAACCUCAGCGCUGGACAGUGGACAUGGUCAAACUAUAUCCGGGCAACAGUGCGUAAGGAGAAAGGGUUGCCUAUCCUCGUGGAACUUCUGCGCUCGGACUCAGACAAGGUGGUGCGAGCUGUGGCCAUCGCUUUGAGGAACCUGUCCAUUGACCACCGCAACAAAGAUCUAAUAGGCAGUUACGCCAUGAGGGACUUGGUUAGCAACCUGCCCAGCGGACAGCAGCGGCCAGCCAAGAACCUGGAGGAGGACACAGUGGUGGCUAUCCUCAACACCAUCCAUGAAAUCAUAACAGACAGCUCUGAAAACGCUCGCUCCCUCGUUACUGCUCAAGCAAUCGACAAACUAGUGGCCAUCAACAGGACCAGCCAAUCAGCAAGGGAGACCAAAGCUGCAUCCCAUGUAUUACAGACGGUUUGGAGCUAUAAGGAGCUGAGAAACGCCCUGAUCAAGGAUGGCUGGAAUAAAAUGCACUUCCAGCCUUUAGCGACUGGCACUCCCAAAGGGUCCAAGAGCUGCAAGCCUGGCUACGACGACACUACACUGCCUUUGAUGGAGAAGAACCAAGGCAACAGAGGGUGUGGCAGUGGAGAUAUGAUACCUAUGGAUGAAUUCGGUCCAGAUGGCUAUUCGACAAUCGACCAGAGAGACAAAGACUCCAAGUACAAAAGUAGCGACGGCUCGUCGGACCUGCAGGAGCAGGAGCCAUUAAAGAAUGACACAAAUAAGAAACACUAUAUCAGGAGCAACAGGCCGGCUGUCAGUCUGAUGGAUGCUUGUGAUGUUAAACCUCAGCCUGUUGACUCCUGGGUCUAAAUGCAUGCAUGGCUUAGCUAGCAACAGCGCUACAUCUUUACCACACAAGGAUUUCAUGUGUCACCACUGCCAUUAACCGCAGAGCUCACCGUGAUGUGGACUCGUCUGAAGACUUUUGCCUAAAAAAGUGAGAGAAAAAUUCACAUUUUCAUUCACAUCCAAUAUUUUGUGAAAAGUGGAAAGAAAAGAAACUAUUUAAAAAAGAAAAAAAAAAAAAAACACACCACUUCUCAUAUGUACAUUCCCACUGGACGAAGUGUACCUUGAACUGAGGAUCUGGAUUGAUGGAUGAAUUGAGUGUACAGGAAGUGCUGUCAUGGAUGUGGACGUGUAUUGGAAAGAAUUGGAUUUCGGGAAAGAGGAAAUAUUAAAAAAUUUAAAUAAAAACUCUAUUUUUUAUGUCAAAACAAAAAAUAAAGUUUUUCCUCUAUUGUUUUUGUUGUAUGUUUCUGCCUGGUUACUGUUUGUUUGUGGAUUUAUUUUUCCCCCCCAGAAGUGCAGUGAAUUGUGAAAUUUGUUCCAUUUUGUAGAGUUUUAAUAACGUUUUGGGUUUUCUAAAAUGGUGUGCUGAUGUGGUCAGUGGAAGAUACUUGUCAAAAGAGGAAAAGUAAGGUUUUUUUCGUUGAUUACAAGGGUGUGGGGGCACAUAUGAAGUCUGGGGGUUCUUUAUCAAAAUGCACGCUUUUGUGAUUUUUCUGUGUGCUGGCUUUAUAAAGCAACUUUAAAGACAUAUUAUCACUGUGUUCUUUUCUUCUCACUGAGAACUGUUUUACAAAAGCAGGGAUUUACCCUGCACGAUGACAUCUGCUUAUAGCGGAGCUGAAAAAUGGAGAGCUGCUAUGCUUUAAAUCUUAUUUGGUCUGCUGAUCCUGUAUUCCCAGAAGCAUGCUGGGUUACACUGGCACUUCAACUAUUGGUUGACAUUGUUAUGGUUUAUUUAAUAUGGGGUGAAGGGGGGUUGACACCUGUUAAUAUGUAGAUUGUAGAAAGACGGAUAGUAGGAGGAUUCACCUGCUCCUGUUGUCAUAAAAGUAGAUUUUAAAAGCAUUUUAUAUUUUUGUUGUUUUAUAAAUGUAUAUUAGGUCAUAAAGGUUCAAAUAGGGACAAAAACAGUUCACACUCUUCUAAUGGUCUUUAUAUAUUGAUAGAUGUGUAUCCAUAACAGUUUGUUUAGAGCACAUUCAGUAUUCAGUAAAUAAAGCAUGGCCUUGUUUGUAUAAAAAUGAUAAUAUAAUAGAAAUAUCAUUGCUUUAGUUAAACAUGCAUCAAAGGCUGUCAUUCUCGUGGUCUAUUUAUAUUUUAUAUUUUAAAUUGUAUUCUAAAAUUUUAAAUAGAAGCAUUUAUCUUUAAUGUUCUUUUUCAGUUGGAAGACUUGAUCAAAAUGAUCUGGUUUGUUGCCAGAUUGUAAUUAACAUCAGAUCUGGUGUAAGGGGGUGGAGAAAGAGAGAAGAGGAAUCAGGGAUAGAAACUUCCUUUCCUUUCACCUUGGUGUAAAACGUUAUGCAAGACAAAAUACUUUGACAUCAAAAAUGUAUCUUGAAAAUAACAAAAACAGGCACGACAGAUGUUUUAAUGUUGUUUUCACUGUUUCCCAGUAAUCAUUUUAUGUACUUGUAAAUUGGAUAUUACAUCAUGGAAAUCAGGAAGAAAGCAAUUGGUGUAAAUAUUUCCACUGGCAGAGCAUCAGCCUGUAAAGAAAUCCAUAGUUAACUCUUAAUAGCAGUUUUUGGACUGCCCUAAAAAGGGAUGACCAUUUAAAUACCAAGGAGGACAAAUUAUUUUGUUUUUAUUCUCAUAAUAUGAGGCAAGCAACAUGUGUCUGCACCGUCAUCUAAUUUCUGUCACGCAACUCUAUAUAACCCUCUAUAGCUAUUUUUUUGUUUUGUUUUUUACCAGUGUUUUAACAGAAACUUCAAAUAACAAAAUAACUGUGUAAUAGAUUUAAUAAUAAAAAAUGAAAAUGUUGUGGACAUCCAUGUCGAGAAAUGUAGCCUUUCUUUAGUUCACUUAUUAAAUUUGAUUGUCUGUUCCUGACUGCCUUUUCUGCAGAAUACAACCAAAGGAUUGUGGUACUGUGUAGUACAACAGGUUCCCAGAGUAUGAAUUUGCAUCAGAUUGUAUAUUUAUAGAAAGAAACGGAUGUUGGAAUCAAGAGAAUCCUACCUUUGUAGAUAUCACUAAUUCAAAAGCAUCAGAAUUAAGUAUGUGUACAACUUGGUAGCAAAUGUGUUUGUAACUAUCAUGUGCCUUAACCUUUUUCCAUGUUUGGUGAAAAAGAUCAAUGUGUUUUAUAUGUUUUAUUGGUCCCUAACCACUGUCUUUCUCUCUUUCUCUGUCUUUUACAUAUCAACACACACAAAUCUGUUUCCGCUCUGCCUCCCCUCACUUUCACUCACUGUGUUCUCAAUGUAGUCUAGACUGGUGGUGGGUUUUGCUUUGUAUUACAUUGUAUUAUAAACUUUUAAAGAUAGAGACACUAAAAGGGUUUUGAUUAUAUAGUUGUUAAUGCUUUCCUAGCACUCAAGAACAAUGCCACAGUGACAGAAUGUAUUGUUAAUUUUACUAAUACCCAGAAGAGAGAAUUGCUCUUGUUAAAGAAAAUUGCAGGUUUGUAGAGUAUCACUUUGGUGUGUUUUCAAUAAAUCAUGCCUGAA